AUGCAUAGAUCAGCAAGCUGGAACCGGGUUGCUGAUGACGAUUACUUCAAUCAGAGGAUGGCUGAUCAGUACUAUAUGCACUCAUCGCCCAAUGAGGGAGCUCAAGGGAUGAGAAAGUCAUCCUCUACGGAAUUGAAUCAGUUACCGGCCUAUGAUCCAAUGGUGGAAUUGGCUAUGAAGGAGAAGUCACGAGCGAAGUUUGCAGAAAAUGCUGUCCAUAUUAUUCCAUUCGUGCUGCUUCUUUGUGGCCUUAUUUUAUGGUUCUUUUCCAAUCCAGAUAUAGAUGUGGGAAUUAGAAAUAUGGAUUCAGUAGCUGCAAGAAUUGAAGGAUUGACAAUUGAAGGAGACAUUGAUACUGAUAGUGACGGUACUCAAACAGGGUUUCUACCUCUCGAUCAAGGAGAUUUGGACAUGCCAAAACAAACAAAAGAUCACAAAAUUUUCAGAAAAUUGAUCGAAAAGAUCAAAUGGUGA